GGAAUGGGUUAUUUACCACGCCGGACCACGAAGUGGGAACCUCAGUUACAAGCCUCUGCUGCGCUGGGGACCGGGUUCCCGUGCUGAACGCUUCCGGAGUCGGUAAAUGGCGAUCCCGUGGAGCGUACGGCUGCGGCAGUUUGCAACUUUCUUACAGCUAAAUGCUUCUGAAAGGUUGCUUCCUGCCACAUGUCCUUGGCAAAAUCUGCCCAAACGAAACAAUUCAAAUAGAACGUCAGUAGUUCGCAUUGGAAGGCAGGUCUACGCCAGGAUGUAUCCUGUUCUGCUGGUUCGACCUGAUGGUUCUACUAUCAAUAUCCGAUACAAGGAGCCCAAAAGAAUUAUCACUAUGCCAGUGGAUGUUUCUCUUCUACCAGAAGCUGAACGGAAAGCAAGAAUGCGCAAACGUGGCCCCAAAAAAGUCAAAGUAAAAGAGGAGCAAUUUGAAGAUGAAUUUAAAGUUGAAGAUUACAGCAAAUUCUGGAAGAAAAAAUAAUCUUCAGAUUGUUGGGAUUUGGAAAGGCAAAGCGAUUAGUGAAAGACUUGACAUGUCAACAGCACUAGAAUGGCAGAUUGACAGUGCUCAUAUAUCAUAUAUAAGUCUCAAUACAUUUAUUGAUGAUUUAGUGAACUUUGUAUUUCUAUAUGAGCUUGGGGAAUAAAGCAAUGGAUUCUUAUUGUAUUUCUAGACCAGCUGCUAGGAGAAAUGUUUUUGAAUAUUAACAAAAUGUUGUCCUCCAACUAUCAUAUGCCAGCUUAGAUUCCUUCCCCUCCCCCCACCUUCUUAUUGUGAUUUCUGCACCCUUCCUUUCCGGUACUGAUGAAGGGUUUCAGGUUUCAGCCUGAAAUGUCGACGACUGUCUACUCCCAACCAUUGAUGUUGCCCGACUUGCUGAGUUCCUCCAGCAUUUUGUGCACAUUGCUCAAGAUUUCCUGCGUCUGUAAAAUCUCUUUUGUGGGCCCAAAACGUGUAAUACUCCAAGUGCAUUCUGACCAAUACUGUAUAAAGCCACAGCAUUACAGCCUCGUGUUUAUGUAAUAUUUCUUUCUAUGCCUUUUCUGUCUACAUUAUAAGAAUUUGACAUGCAUGUAUUUUGAUAAAUUGCUCAGUGCCACAAAGAACUAGUUAAAUUGGCUUGAGCGUUAUGUUAAACGUUUACAAUGUUAUUAGGCCAUUUAACUGAAAUAUUACAGUUAAUUUCAUUUUAUUAUCCUAGAGAUAGAACAAUAUGUAUAACAAUCACAAUCUUAGUAAAUGAACGAAUAAUAGUUUUGGUACUAAGAUUACAGUCUCAUACUUUGUGAUCUGUUGUAUGUUGCUUUACUCGGAUAGAAACAGUUAUAGAAGAGUGGGAAGAAAUCAGCUAGUCAGGCAGCAUCUGUGGAAGAAGAAACCAGUCAAUGUUUUAGGUCAGUGACCUGACCCUUCCCCAGCAUCACAUCAGUUCUGAGGAAGAGUUGCUGAUCCAAAGCAUUGACUGGUUUCUCCUACUUAUGUUCCUUAACUCAGAGUUCUUCCAGCAUUUCUGUACUUUUUUGCCUUGGAUUCUAACAUCAGCAGUGUUCCUUGUUUUCUUUUACUAGGACAGGAGAGUGCUGUGAAUGCUCUGGCCUCAUUAACAUAAAUCAUGCCACAUUUAAAACAGAAGUAUGAGUUUGUUUUAACACCGACAAUGCGACAAAAAUGGAAGGGUGGAAAAUUAAUUAUAUGGAUAAGUUAUCUACAUAGUUCAUUUGCAGUUUAAAAAAGGCCAAAGAAUGCCAAAGUUUACACAUGCUAUAGAAUAUAUGAUGGUAAAAAUAUGGAAAUUGAAUUGAGUAUUAUGUCUGCAACUGGUCUCUCAUUAAAGUUUGGAGAAUAUUUGAAUGAAUGUCAAUAUUUGUUAUCACACUGCUUUGAUUACUUAAACAAGCUCAAAACAUUGUGAAAUAGGAAAUAAAAAUUGUACCCC